UUCGUCUUCCACACCGUCAGCCGCUCGCGGCCACGCCGCUUCGUGCAAUGCGCGACGGUGGGCAGCUUUGGGGCGCGCUGGCAGGAGACGCUGUACAACAUGUUCACCUUCGCCUGCCUCUUCCUGCUGCCGCUGCUCGUCAUGCUGCUGUGCUACGGCCGCAUCCUGGCCGCCAUCUCGGGCACCAUGAGGGCAGCGCAAGCGCCCUCGCAGGACGUGCAGCUGCGCCGCUCCCACGAUCGCAUCCCGCGGGCGCGCAUGCGGACGCUGAAGAUGUCGGUGGUGGUGGUGCUGACCUUCGUGGGCUGCUGGACGCCCUACUACCUGCUGGGGCUCUGGUAUUGGUUCUCCCCGGAGAUGCUGACCCGUGGGAGAGUGCCGCCGGCGCUCAGCCACAUCCUCUUCCUCUUCGGCCUCUUCAACACGUGCCUGGACCCGCUGGUCUAUGGGUUCUUCACGGUGCAUUUCUGUGGCCGCCGGCGGCACCGGGACGCGACGCCCGGCUCCAUCCGCGCCUCCAUCGCCCGCAGAGCCCCCAGCAGCACCGGAAAGCACGAGCUGGGGGUGAUGGAGGGGGGGAACACGGCAGGGGAGAGCCCCAAAGGGCUCCGUGACAGCGCACGGAGAGGAGCAGCCGAUGCCAAAGGAGUGAGGAUAGGAGGCGGAGCUCAGCUCGGUUUUAUUGAAGAGCAAACAACAAGAGAACGAGGGGACUGAAAAUAAAAAUCACUGGAAAGGCUGUGAGUGAAGAAAGGUCC